AUGCAUCUGAACGAGACCGCCCCGGGCCCAGUGCAAGCGGAGUCGGCCCUGCUUAGCCGUCGGCGCCGUCGCAAAUCGAUGCCCUCGCGCAAUGGGAACACUGACCCAACGUCGCCUGAAGUCAUAUCCUCUCUCAUUUCCUCCCUUUCCACUAUCUCUGUGCCUCUAAACUCGCAUUUUGACAAUCUUCCGAAGCUCGACACCGACUCCGAUCCGGGAUUGCCUGAAGUCCCGCAGACGGCGCCUGUCUAUUCUAUUCCCCCUUCCGAGCAACAUGGGUUUGGAAUGAGCUACGGUGCCUACAAGCCAGCGGUCGAGCCAUCAGAGCCCGCGGAGAAUCCAUUCUUGCACCCCGAUGAUGCCGCGUCGUCGCCUGUCAUUCGCAUGGCUAGAGCGCCUCCGUCACCAAAAUCACCGCGAUCGCCCCGAUUCAAGCCCUUCAAGGCCACAGAUUCAUUUCCCACCCGUCCAGCCUCAAGAGAGUCCCAUACGUCCGUGGUAGUCGCCCCGGAGCCUGCGUCCUUCGGUACGAUCAGCACAGAGCCUGGCCCCCGUUUGUCAACACCGAGCAUUACUUCAAAUAGUUCUACGGGACGGACACGAAGUCUCAAAGGCCAAUUCGGUCUAUUGAGGAGAUCGUCCUCACGAGAAUUCUCUAGCGAAAAGGACGCGCAAGCCGAGCGCUUACGAAAGACGACCAGCCACAACGAGAGUCUACGGCACAAUAUCCCGCGCAGUCGAGCAAGCCUGCGCUCAUUGCAUUCCAUGGCAGAAGUGACAGAGGAGGCGCGUCCUGCAGACGUCAAGGAAGAGCCGUACGAAGAGAAGAUUGCCAGCACUCCACCUACCGUGGACCACCAAUCGUUCCACAGUACCCCGGAUGCUGGAAAUCCUGGUGGCAUCGGAAGUGGCCGGCCUAUUCCGACCCGCGAUUCCUCGCUGCGACAUCGGCAUAGUCAAUCGCCGAGCUCCAAAAAGCAUCGGUCUGCCCGUCAUAGCCGAUACUCCUCCACGGCUAGCAAAGACCCCCACACGGAGAAUGGACUGCCGGGAACGAGCAACGAUGCCGAGCAGGUGACGCGCCGGAUUCAAGAGUUGAAAGACCAUCAACAGAAGAUCAAGACCGAGCUGGACGGGGCUGGUAGCCCCGAACACUCGACUCCGACGACCCCGGCAAAGCAGCCGAAGACUUCAAAGGUAUCGCGGGUGCUGGGACACGAUGUCGACAAGGCCGACAUCUACGACGGGCCAGGCCGUCAUCAGCCGCCUUUCAAUGAAAGUGCCCCGUCACCAUCUGUGAUGACAGGAAAAAGCCGCACCGGACAUCGGCCUGGAGCAGCACUUGCAUCAAAGCCUACUCAUCUACCAACGCAGUUGUCCAAGUCUUCUGCGGAGAAUGCGGACUCUGACAGAGCUCGACAGAGACGGUCCCUCGAGCCACUCACACCAACCAAACACCGCCGUACCCCGUCCGGCCAUAUGUCUCACCUAUCAAAUGGGCGUCCAUCUUACAGCACAGAACGACCAUCCAGUGCCGAUUCAAUCGAUCUCGCGGUCGAUGACUACAUCUUUUCGCCGAGGCUGGCCCAGAGAGUUACCCACCCAACCACGGGCCGUACUAUCGCAUUCUCUGAGGUCGGUGACCCCACAGGCCAUGUUGUUUUAUGCUGUGUUGGUAUGGGUCUCACUCGGUAUCUGAUGGCGUUCUAUGAUGAAUUGGCUCGGACACUCAAUCUCAGACUGGUAACCCUGGAUCGCCCUGGCGUUGGCGAGAGCGGUCCACACCAGGGAGAUGAGCCGAGCACCCCUCUCAGUUGGCCAGACGACGUUGCAAUUGUUUGCAACCACCUACGGGUGACCAAAUUCUCCAUCCUUGCCCAUUCUGCCGGCGCGAUUUACGCUCUUGCCACGGCUCUCCGAAUCCCGCAGCAUAUUCGUGGCCGUAUUCAUCUACUGGCUCCAUGGAUACCUCCAUCGCAGCUGUCGAGCAUCGGCUCCCAGAAAGACCCCGCGCCCACAAACGCAGUUCCUUACUCCCAAAAAAUCCUUCGUGCUCUCCCUACAUCUUUUCUUAGAGUGGCCAACUCGAGCUUCAUGUCGGCUACGAGUGCCAGCAUCACCACCAGUCUACCCAAGUCGCCGCGAAGGGUCAAGCGCAAGGCCGCUGCGAAAGACGCAGCCACUGCCAAUCAGGCUCCGCCCGUGCCAGCGUUGCCUUCUGCUGUCGAAGCCCACGAACAACGUCAACAACCGGACACCAAUAUCCAACCGAUCGCUUCGACUACUGGUUCGUACCGAAAGAGUGACACGACUCUCGCAUCUCAUGCGAAAUCUCCAGAAGACGAACUUGAACGGCAGCGCGACUAUGAUACUCGUCUCACCUACAAGAUCUGGGCAUUGGCUACCACCAACGCUAACCCGGCGGUUGAUUUGCUUACCUGUCUCGAGCGUCGUCAAACGAUCGGGUUCCGUUAUGUGGACAUCACUCGGUCAGUGGUGAUUCAUCAUGGUAGCAAAGACCCCCGCGUUCCAGUGGAAAAUGUCCAGUGGCUUGGCAAGACGAUGCGUCGUUGUGAGGUUCGGAUCCUCGAAGGCGAAGGUCAUGGCCUCAUGGCAUCUGCUGGUGUCAUGGGAAGUGUCUUGACCGAGAUUGCCAAGGAGUGGGAGGAUUGGACGACCCUUGUCCAGGGCAAGCGCCGAGCUACCGUCAACCGUCCUUCACAGCCUGGACUCUCCAUUCAUGCUUGA